CAGCUCAGCUGGGUUGGGGUGGUUCCCUUUUUUUUUUUUUCCUCAAGUCCCAAAUGGAAAAUCUACUCAGCUCUGCUGUGUUGGGGGUUCUCUUUCUUUGGGUCUCAUGUCCCAGACAGAUGCAAAAUGGGGGCUUUUUCCCUUCGUUUUCUCAGCGGCCAAACAGAGCUUACGCUUCUAUGGCUUUGAGUUGAUGACUAUGAUGUUGUUGAUGAUGGUGGUGGUGGUGGUGAUGCUGAUGAUUAAGCAGAAAAUGGCGAGAAUUCCCAUUGCUUUGUUGGGGCUUCUGCUUUUCUAUUUCUGGGCAGCCAUGGCAGAAGCAAAAUACAUGAAGUAUAAGGAUCCAAAACAACCAUUGAAUACUCGAAUCAAGGACCUAAUGAGCCGAAUGACACUAGAGGAAAAGAUUGGCCAAAUGGUGCAAAUUGACCGCACUGUUGCAUCUGCUGAAGUGAUGAAGAAGUAUCUAAUUGGGAGUAUAUUGAGUGGUGGAGGGAGUGUUCCUGCUAAACAAGCUUCUGCAGAGACAUGGAUUGAAAUGGUGAAUGAUUUCCAAAAGGGUUGUUUAUCAACCCGUCUUGGAAUUCCAAUGAUUUAUGGGAUUGAUGCUGUUCAUGGUCACAACAAUGUUUACAAGGCAACAAUCUUUCCUCACAAUGUUGGGCUUGGAGCUACCAGGGACCCUGAACUUGUUAAGAGGAUUGGAGCUGCAACUGCUCUUGAAGUUAGAGCUACAGGCAUUCCUUAUGUUUUUGCACCAUGUAUUGCGGUUUGCAGAGAUCCAAGAUGGGGUCGGUGUUUUGAAAGCUACAGUGAAGAUCCCAAAGUUGUUCGAGCAAUGACCGAGAUUGUACCUGGACUACAAGGAGACCUUCCUCCUGGUUAUCAGAAGGGCAUUCCAUAUGUCGCUGGAAACAAAAAGGUUGCUGCUUGUGCUAAGCACUAUGUGGGAGAUGGUGGAACAACCGAGGGUAUCAAUGAAAACAACACCGUGAUAAGCAGACAUGGAUUGCUCAGCAUUCACAUGGGUGGCUACUACACCUCAAUUAUCAAGGGUGUAUCAACUGUCAUGAUCUCCUACUCAAGCUGGAAUGGGAAGAAGAUGCAUGCUAACCAAGAACUUAUCACUGGUUUUCUCAAGAACACACUUCGCUUCAGGGGUUUUGUCAUCUCAGAUUGGCAGGGUAUUGAUAGGAUCACCUCUCCACCCCAUGCUAACUACUCAUAUUCCAUUGAAGCUGGAAUAAAAGCUGGCAUUGACAUGAUCAUGGUUCCAUACAACUAUACAGAGUUCAUCGAUGGUCUAACCUACCAGGUGAAGAGCAAAAUUAUUCCCAUGAGCCGAAUUGAUGAUGCAGUGAGAAGGAUUUUGCGGGUUAAAUUUGUGAUGGGUCUUUUUGAGAGUCCAUUGGCUGACCACAGCCUGGUCCACGAGCUAGGAAGUCAGGUACAUAGAGAGUUGGCAAGGGAAGCUGUGAGGAAAUCACUUGUCCUUCUGAAGAAUGGCGAGCCUGCUGAUAAGCCAUUGCUGCCCCUUCCCAAGAAGGCACCAAAAAUACUUGUUGCUGGAACUCAUGCAGACAAUCUGGGCAAUCAGUGUGGUGGGUGGACUAUUGAGUGGCAGGGACUCAGUGGCAAUAACCUUACAAGUGGUACCACGAUCCUCAGCGCCAUAAAGAAGACAGUUGAUCCAAAAACCGAAGUCGUCUACAAAGAGAACCCUGAUCUUAGCUAUGUCAAGUCCAGCAAAUUCUCCUAUGCCAUUGUUGUGGUGGGAGAACCCCCAUAUGCAGAGACAUUUGGUGACAACUUGAAUUUGACAAUCCCUGACCCUGGGCCAAGCAUCAUCACAAACGUCUGUGGAGCUGUGAAGUGUGUUGUCAUUGUCAUCUCUGGUCGUCCUUUGGUUAUACAACCAUAUGUUGAUCAAAUUGAUGCCCUUGUUGCUGCUUGGCUCCCAGGAACAGAAGGCCAGGGUGUUGCAGAUGUUUUGUUUGGCGACUAUGGCUUCACUGGGAAACUUUCCCGGACUUGGUUCAGGACUGUUGAACAGCUCCCAAUGAAUGUUGGGGAUCGGCAUUACGACCCGCUCUUCCCAUUCGGGUUUGGUCUCACCACUGAACCUACCAAGGCCUAAGUAAGAGUGAUGUUUUCAUUGUUCCGGAUUUCACCAUUUAACUUUGAUUAGUGAUGAACAAGAAUUAGAAAAAUAAAUUAUCAAAUUGGAAUUGGAAUAAAUUCUCCGAAAUGAUUUGCAAUGUGUAA